UCAGCAUUCGUAGAGACGUUGUCCUUUCGUUUACAUAUAUUUUCCCCUUUUUUCGUAUUCGUUCUGAACUUCGUCUCUAACCUAACCAUUUCUUCCUCUACCAACCGCAAAAAUGGCUGGCAUCAAAAAUAUUCUCUACUACACCUUUCACCCGAAUCAACUUCGGUCAAUCAUACAAUGGAAACUAUGGCACGACCCGGCGUACAAGCGUGAUCCUUCCAAGGAGUCCCCUACUCUGCGAUCGUGCUUUGAACUGUUGAAUAUGACGAGCCGCAGCUUCGCCACCGUCAUUCAAGAGUUACAACCUGAGAUGCUCUUAAAUAUUGCGCUGUUCUAUCUCGUGUUGAGGGGACUUGACACUAUUGAGGAUGACAUGACACUCCCGCUUGAAAAGAAGGAGCCUAUGCUGCGCGAGUUCUCCAAAUAUAUGAAGAUUGAUGGCUGGACUUUCACCGAAAGCGGCCCUAAUGAGAAGGAUCGCGAUCUCCUUGUUCAUUUUGACGACGUAAUCGUGGAACUAAAGAAGAUCGACAAACAUUAUUAUGACAUUAUUGAGGACAUCACUAUCAAGAUGGGUAACGGCAUGGCCGACUACGCCCUGAAUGCCGAGUUCCAGGCAGGUGUUGAGACUAUUCCGCAAUACGAGGAGUAUUGCCAUUACGUGGCAGGUUUAGUCGGAGAGGGCCUAACGCGCAUCUUUGUCCAAGGAAAGACGGCGAACCCAGCUCUCCUGGAUCGCAUGGAGCUAUCAGAGAGCAUGGGCCAAUUUCUACAGAAGACCAACAUUAUUCGUGAUGUGCACGAGGACUUCGAAGACAAGAGGAGAUUUUGGCCCAAAGACAUCUGGAGCAAGUAUGUCGACAAGUGGGACGAUCUAUUCGACCCUAAACACCGUACACAAGCUUUAUACUGCAGUUCCGAGAUGGUUCUCAACGCCUUGAAGCAUGCUGACGAGUGUCUGUUCUACAUGGCUGGUAUCAAGGAGCAAAGCGUCUUUAAUUUCGUCGCAAUUCCUCAGACCAUGGCCAUUGCUACCCUAGAACUUGUGUUUCAAAAUCCCAAGAUCUUUCAUAGCCAUAUCAAGAUCACCAAGGGUGAUGCUUGCCAAUUAAUGUUGCAGUCGACACAGAAUCUGCAAGUGGUGUGUGAUGUUUUCAAGGGAUAUGCAAGGAGGAUAGCUAAGAAGAAUGACCCGCGAGAUCCUCACUAUCUUGAGAUCAGUGUGGCUUGUGGCAAGAUUGAGCAAUUCAUCGAGACACUAUUCCCCACGCAGGACGCGCGAAAGCUAAAAGCUUUACAAGACACAGAAGGACAAGAAGGUGCUCAGAACGACUUCUGGGAGGCCCUAUUGUUGGUUGGGUCUGUAGUAUUCAUUCUUCUAUUCAUAUCUGGUUUGAUGCUUGGCUUGGCGUGGUAUUUCGGGGCACGGUUUGACGUAUUGUUCGACAAAGAGGUAGCAUCUAGCCUUAAAGCCGCCAAGGCGACGGCGACGGCGACGAUAACGUCUCUUGCCCACGAAGAAUUAUAGAGAGCGCACUUUGGAGCUCUUGCAUGGCGUUGGGAGGAUUUAUAGGGUCGAGGAAAGUUGCACUAACAACAAGGUUACUAUGGGCGAGUAGCCAGCUAAUGCCGUCACGCGUAAUGUGGUAAGGCAUUGUAAAUAUCCCUACAAGACAUGACGGUAUGCCCUGUUUUGAAUCAUUACUAAUAAAUACUAAUACUGUAACAAUUACAUCUCAUUCUACAGUCUUAUAACCCCUUUGAGGAGUGGCUUGAUAAAAUAUGAGAAUGGGUAGCACGGAUGUCAAAUUACAACCUAGUCUUUCCAUGACUAUGGUUGUGCCGAGAAGUGCUGAAAUCAAACAACAUGGCGAGGAGUACC